UGUGAUGUCAACUCAUACCAAGAUCGCAGUAUAGAUUGCAGGCCCGCUAGAAACGAAACGCAAAGAAAAAAUGUCCUACCUCGCAAGACCUCUCGCGCGCUGUCUGCGCACCCCCAUCGCAGUCCCUCGCUUCAUCAUCCCAUCCUCAUCCUGCUCUACCUCUCCAAUUCGUCACGCCUCGACCGCCAUCCCCGACACAGCGCAUCAUGCGCCGCCGCACGCGCAACAGCCACCAACCAGCCCCCGCGCCACCUCGCCCCCGUCCUCGACCUCGAACCCAAACACCUCGACCCUCGAAUCGCAAACAGACGACCUCAUCGCGCGCCUUCCCCUCGUGCAAUCCCUCCGCGCCAACCCGUCGUACAAGGAAUCGCGCCCCCACCGAACCAUGAACCCGUCGCUGCAGCCGACGCACUUCGUCGCCGGCUCGCUCUCCGGACCCGGCAUGGUCACCGUGCCGCCGUUCAUGUGGAUGGCGACGGAGAAGUCCCCCGGCAGCGCCAGCCUGACCAGCCGCGUCGUGUCGGUGUUCCACGUCGGCGCCCAGCUGUGCGGCCACCCCGGGUUCGUGCACGGCGGGCUCCUGAGCGUCAUGUUCGACGAGGCGUUUGCGCGGUGCGUCUCCGCCUGCUUUCCCAGUGGCUUGGGCAUGACGGCGAAUUUGAAUGUGGAUUUUAGGAAGCCAGCGGUGCCCGAUCGGUUGUAUGUGCUGCGCGCUGAGACGGGGAAGGUCGAGGGUCGCAAGGCCUGGGUGAAGGGAACAUUGUGUUCGAUGCCUGGCCACGGGGAGCAGGGAGAGCCGGUGUUGGUGGCGGAGGCGAAGGCGUUGUUUGUGGAGCCUAAGUUUGCAGAGUCCAUGGUGCCUCUGUAUCGGGGUUGAUCGACACGAUACCUAGAUGCGAGGUCAGCAGGGCCGAUGAAAAAGCCGACAUAGACAUAUACAUACACCCAUAGACAUGAUACCUGAUAGACAAAUAGACCAAC